UUUCAGCCCAAAUGAAGUAAGCUCCCAGAGGCGUGGAAUGAAAGGCACCUUAAUUUUUGUUGUAUUUUAUUCUUCAUACGGAUUUGCUCACUGCAAUACAAUAUUAAGAAGUUCAUCAUUGAGUCGAAACUUUGAAGAUUCGCUGAGAAGAAUUCCACGAUCUACUGAUAAAGAUGAAACUGGGUUUGAAGAUUCGAAUGUACAGGAAGUUAUAUUUAUUUUGUUAUAUUGUUUGUUUGUUGCACUUGCAAUUUUAAUUUGUGGAUUGAUAAUUUUCUAUAAUUCAAGGAAACGAGAACUCCGGGCAAACAGAUCAAGAGGUGAUGAGUAUCUUCUUGAGCCAACAUCGGCGGAUCAUAAAAGAAGAAAUUCAAGCAAUAUAGUUCCACCAGAACCAACUCCCUACCCAAUUACAUCCGGAGAAAGUGAUUUGCGGCAAACUCCUUCUCGUUUGUCAAAUGUAGAAUGUCCUCCAGAGCUAGAAUUAGCCCCAAUUAACGAAAAAAUUAUGUAUCUUCAUUAUUAUGCAGAAGUUGAAAUCAAUGAGGAAGAUCUUGACAUUUCAAAGGGAAGACCACUAGGAUCAGGGGAGUUUGGAAUAAUACGAAAAGGAUUUUUAAGAAGCAAAAAUUCGAAAAAUGAAGAAAAAGAAAGCAGGUUGGAAGUGGCAGUGAAAUUACCGUUAAAUGAAUACAAUCAAAUUCAACAAGAAUUGAUAUAUGACGAAUUGAAAGUGAUGUGUGCAGUCGGUAAACACCCAAACAUUUUAGCUUUAGUCGGAGGAAUUACAUUUGGAGAAAGAAAAAUGAUAGUAUCCGAGUUUGUGGAGAACGGGGAUCUUCUUAGUUUCUUGAGAGACAAUCGAAUAUAUUUCACAAACGAUCAAUGGACACUAGAAACUGAACAAGAUUCUUUGAGCCUCGUUGACUUGCUCUCAUUUGCUUUCCAAAUUGCAAAAGGGAUGGAGUAUUUGAUUCAUGUUCCGUGUGUUCAUCGUGAUUUGGCUCUCCGCAAUGUACUGAUAAAGAAAAAUCGAAUAAUUCGAAUUGCAGACUUUGGAUUGGCUAGGAGGCAUAAAAAUAAAGAUUAUUACAAAACUCAAAGUGUCGAUACACCGCUUCCAAUACACUGGAUGGCACCUGAAAGUAUAGACAAAUUACUGUUCACUCAGAAAUCAGAUGUUUGGUCAUAUGGGGUCUGUCUUUAUGAACUAUUCUCUUUGGGAAAAUCACCUUAUGAAAAUGUGAUAAAAUAUGAUCAAAGAGAUUUUUAUUGGAAGUAUGUGCUGUCUUACUUGAAUGAAGGGAAAAGACUUGCACAGCCUGCACAUGCUGACGCAGAAAUAUAUAAUGUAAUGAAACUAUGCUGGGAUCUAGAUAUGAAUAGUCGUACAACAUUCUUAGACUGCAUUGAGUUUUUUGAGAAAGAAUUGAAAACAACAUCAAAUGAGUAUUUUCUUGAUCUCACCAGAAAGCUCCGUUCAGAAACCAACAAUCAACUUCGACUUAGUAAUUGGCUUUCUGAUGAGAAACAUUGUGAUAGUUAAAUAAAAAAUAAUGUUUUGCUGCUGAUUUUCUUUCCAUUAAAAACCUGUUACUAUUCAUAUUUGAUACUUCUUCCUCACUUGAUUCCUCUUCCUCAGUUUUAUUUUUCUUAUUUGACGUUUUUCCUUUAACACAUCAUCUCUCAGAAACUUGCUAUCUAAAGUUACUUUUUUAGCAUGAAUACUU